AUGGUGUUUGAUAUAUCACAAAUUGGUUUGUAUGAUUUGAGAUCCAAGUUGUCCAUCAUUCCACAAGAUCCAGUGUUAUUCCAAGGAACUGUUAGAAGAAAUUUAGAUCCAUUCAAUGAGCAUUCCGACACGUCAUUAUGGGACGCAUUAAGAAGAUCGGGAUUAGAUCAAAAGUUCCAUUUGGAUCAAAUUGUCGAUGAUGAUGGUUCAAACUUCUCCCUUGGUGAAAGACAAUUGCUCGCCUUUGCAAGAGCAUUGGUUAGAGAUAGUAAAAUUUUAAUUCUUGAUGAAGCUACUUCUAGUGUCGAUUAUGAAACAGAUGCUAUGAUUCAAAAAUUGGUUGCUGAGGAGUUUAAGCACUGUACUAUUUUAACCAUUGCUCAUAGAUUGAAAACAGUGUUGAAUUAUGAAAGAGUUUUGGUUAUGGAUAAGGGUCAAGUUGAGGAAUUUGAUGCUCCUAAGAAGUUGUACCAAGUUGAAAAAAGUAUUUUCAGACAAAUGUGCCAAAAGUCCAAUAUUACUGCUGACGACUUUUUAUAG